GCGUGGUGUGUGUGUUAAAGUUGUAUUUACCAGAAACUGCAAGAGAUUAGGACAUUAUUCAUUUUCAAGAAACUGGGUCGAAACGGUUCAAAAGCCGUGCUCUGACCUUCAGCCCUUACUGCAGACUGAAUGUAGAAGAGUGUUUCUACCUUCGUUCCAUUCCCAUGUCUGUAGUGUGCUAGUGUGCUACCCUUACAUUGUCAGAGUCCACCUACAUUCCAGUCGCUUACCAGAGACUUACCGAUUCAGAGAAGAGGCGGGAGGAGGGAUAAGCAGCACUGUAAGUUGUUAUUUGUUUACAUGUGAAGCAGGGUCGUGUUUGGGAGGACUACCUGGACAUGUGCAUGGAGGGUUCUACCUGACCUGUCUACACAUCAGUUGAGAGUUUCAAAUUUCUGAAGAAUGUCACUCUCCAAAAUGUCAACCACCAUUAAAGUGUUUAUCAUUGGAAAAACUGGAAAUGGAAAAAGUUUGCUGGCAAACUCUGUUCUGGGAAGAGAAGAGUUUCUGGUAGCAAGAAGCAUGAGAUCAACGACCGUUCGUCAUGGCAAGGCAGUUGGCGUUGUCAAUGGACAACAGAUUAUGAUACUGGACACCCCAGAUCCAGUUAACUUAAACCUCAGUGAUACCGAAAUCAAAGAUGAGGUCUCUCGGUGGAAGUCAGCGGUUGAAGGUCCCUACGCCAUCUUGCUGGCGGUGAGGUGUGACGUGCGCUACACGGCGGAAGAAUACGACAUCUACAAGAAAAUCAAGAAAGUAUGGGGGGACAACUCAUUCACAGGCCGCCUGGUGGUGGUCUUCACGUUUGGAGACAGACAAGACAGGAACAUUCAAGAGGAGCUGAAGACAGUUUGCUGGGAACUGCGCAAUGUCCUGGCUGAUGCUGGAGGUCGAUACGUUCUCUUCAACAAUAUGGCUCGAGGAAGUGAGAUGGCACAGCAAGUAGGGCAGUUGUUGAAAGUCAUUCAGCGUCUUGAUAUGAAGUCUGCAGAUUUUCCAAUUACUCAACCCCAGGUGCUCAUUUUGGUUGUCCUGGUUGUUAUUUUCGUAAUAGUGUGGGUUUGUAUCAUACCCUAAGACAGUUUUACUAAACAGUUAUCUAUUAAAGUUAUUGCAUUAAGUAGUAUUUCUAGGCUAAUAAGUUUUACUACAUUAAUUGUAGGACAAAACUACCUUUUGCAAAAAUCAAAGCCUGCUAAAAAUAGUAACAUGUAGAAAUACUUCUGUUGAUUUAGGAGAUUUUACAGAAAUUAUCGUUCUGGAACGGAAUAGACUAAUGCAAACUCGACGUGAAUAUAUAAAAUCAAAACUGUUCUUGUUUUUGGCGAUAAGACUUCAUUAUUAUGGAGUCCUCGUGUGGCUCCUACUUUGUCUUGUGAGUAAAAUCUCGCGGGCUUAGGUCUUGCAGAGACUAGUAUCUGGAGAAAAGCCCUAUACCAACACAGCACUGAAUAAAACAGUUACUUGUUAGGAAGAAAGAGAAAUUCUUUGCUUCGAUCAGUUUCUAUCAUGCCUUACCUCUGAUAACAUCUUACUUUUAUUGUUGGUGCAGCUACUUGGACAUUUAAUAUUCUAACUUUACAACAGCUCUAAUAAUAUCACCCGACUUGCCUGUAAUGUUUUGAUGUUUCCUUGACUUUUUAUAUAUAGAUAUCGUUGAAACCUAAUGUAUAAUCUAUCAUUUGUUUGUUUUGUUAUUAUAUAUAUGUAUACACAUAUGACAAAUAAUUCGUA